AUGAGCCCCGACGUCCGGCUACCGCUUCAUAUCCCUGUGAGAAGGAUGCUGCAACAAGCUCUCAAAGUAUCCGGCCGGAGCGGCUUCCCGCUGCUCAAGUGGAUGGAGAAGUGGGCUGAGGGCGCAUCCGCCAAGCCGCAGGCACUGAGGACCCUGGACGACAUGCCGGGUCCGUCGGUCGGGAGGUUCGCCUGGGACCUGUUCGCCAAGCGCGGGCUGUCGCGGCUGCACGAGUUACAGGUGGAGGGAGUGCAGCGGUAUGGGCCCAUGUGGAAGGCCAGCUUCGGCCCCAUCCUGACAGUUCAUGUGGCGGAUCCAGCGCUCAUUGAGCAGGUGCUGAGGCAGGAGGGCCAGCACCCCAUGCGCUCUGACCUGUCCUCCUGGAAGGACUACAGGAAGCUCAGAGGACACAACUACGGACUCCUGACAGCGGAGGGGGAGGAGUGGCAGUCGGUGAGGAGCCUCCUGGGGAAGCACAUGCUGCGGCCAAAAGCAGUCGAAGCUUACGAUAAAACCCUGAACGCCGUGGUCAGUGACCUGAUUGCCAAACUUCGCCUUUGCAGACGCUCUCAGGGCCUCGUCUCCGACAUCGCCAGCGAGUUCUACCGCUUUGGCCUUGAGGGUAUUUCCUCGGUAUUGUUUGAAUCCAGAAUUGGUUGCCUGGACGAAGUUGUCCCAGAAGAGACCGAGCGUUUUAUCCAGUCGAUCAACACCAUGUUUGUAAUGACGCUUCUCACCAUGGCGAUGCCCAAAUGGUUGCACCGGCUGUUUCCAAAACCCUGGAACAUCUUCUGUCAGUGCUGGGACUACAUGUUUGACUUUGCAAAAGGUCACAUUGACCAGCGUCUGACGUCUGAAGCAGAGAAGGUUGCCCGUGGGGAGGAGGUGGAGGGCCGCUACCUCACCUACUUCCUGUCGCGGAGCGGUUUGCCGAUGAAAACUGUCUACAGCAACGUCACAGAGCUGCUCAUUGCAGGAGUCGACACAAUCUCCAGCACCAUGUCGUGGUCGUUGUAUGAGCUGUCCCGCCACCCCGAGGUGCAGGUGUCGCUCCGGGACGAGGUGUUGAGCGUGCUGGAGGGGCGACGCAUACCGGAGGCAAAAGAUGUGGCCCAAAUGCCUCUCCUGAAGGCCACAGUCAAAGAAGUGCUCAGGUUGUACCCCGUUAUUCCUGCCAAUGCAAGAGUCAUUACAGAGAGAGAAAUCCAGGUUGGAGGCUACGUCGUCCCAAAAAAUACUCUGAUUACCCUGUGCCACUUUGCGACGUCGCGGGAUCCAGCGGUGUUUCCAAAGCCAGAUGAAUUCCAUCCACAUCGAUGGUUGAACAAGGACCAGACUCACCACCCUUAUGCUUCUGUUCCAUUUGGUGUGGGAAAACGCAGCUGCAUAGGCCGACGUAUCGCUGAGCUGGAACUCUACCUUGCUCUUACCAGGAUUCUCAUAGAGUUCGACGUGAAGCCGAACCCAGAUGGGAUUUCCGUGAAGCCCAUGACACGCACGCUUCUGGUUCCUGAAAAUGUCAUUAGCCUCCAGUUUAUUGAACGAUGACCCACUCUCCUCUGCUAAUCUAUUACACGAGCGAGAACGUGAGUCUCUUCGCAGUAGAGUGCGAGCAGAGAAGAGUUAUCUCAGGAAACAAGAGCCUGUUGCACGCAGUCAGACCUUUGACCUCCGACGCGACAAAGGCCAAAGCCCUCCGUACCUGUCACCUAGCGCGUGGAGAAGGACAAAUUCUUGAGGGAUGAACGGGGACAUUUCCACCACUGGGGCUUUACACCCGAAGCAAUGUAACUCCAAACGUAAUACUGUGUUGUUUUGUUUUAUACUGAGGGUCACCAUUGAAGAACUUUUUACUCAGAGGCCAAGGGCAAGCCAAUGAUCACUGUCAGUACGUUUCCAUUGCCAAUCUUCAGACUCAAUGCUUGAAAGUGUCAGACCAUGCUGCAUGUUGUAGAAUUUGCAACGAGUUUGUAUUUUAAGCUGACUGUUUAUAUUCAAAUAACCUCUUCCAGACUCCAAUUAUGGUCUGAAAUCUUGUACACUCAUGAAUGUAUUUAUCAUUUCCUCUGUGUUCUGGACAGGCAAAUAUUUAGUUGUGUUUAAUAUGGACAUUGUGCCAUAAAGGAUUUGAGUUUGGAGUUGAGUCUCAGUCUGGCACUUGAAACUUGAGUUUCAAAUGUUCCAAACAUCAGUGGAUUUGAUACGUGGCUUAUGGUGAACUUUCAGUGACAGGCUCAUUUUUUGUCAAACGGCAGCUGUUUAAUGUUCCUGUGUAGGAAUGCAUGGUGCCACUGUUUAAAAUCUCAAACUUUAACUAUUUUGCACCCUGCUAUCUGUGUUGUUUUAAAAAUGUAAAUUGUCAAAUUCAACAGUGCAGCACAAUGCAAUUUUAGUAUUUUGUCUUUUCCUACUUAUUAUAAGUGAUGUACCACCACUUUGUAAAUGCAAUAAGCUUCAGUAUCUGAACUCUGUAUUUGUUAUGUUUUAACAUGUUAAACUGUUUUGUAGGUGUCAUUAAAUGGUUUCA